AUGGCGGAGGGAAGCAACAAUCUACAACUACGAGUCGCGACGACCCCCGCGAUAGCCGAUUUGACCCCCCUCGGAACCUCGACAUUACCCGGCUCGGCCACGUCGGAUGUCCCCUCGGGCUCGAUUCAUAGUCUGCAAGAUGCUCGGAAUUCCAGACGCUCGGUCAUUGGUAGCUCUUUACGAGAUUCGACCUCGAAUACCCCCCACGAGAAGACCGAGUCAAGUGCUAUAGAUCCGUUAUCCCAGCACAUUAUCCAACGCACCAAUACCCAAAAGUCCAUUCCCCUGAAAUUACUGGGAAGAGCGUCAUACGAAGCAGAGGCCGUGGGCUCCGAGUACAGCCAGCCAGAGCAAAGCCCGACAAGGGGAGAUGCAUUGCCUACCUCAAAACCUCUCAAAGAGAAGAAAAAAGGUGUCUCCUUCCUCAGCCGAAUCAUCGGAACCAAGAAAAAGGAGGCGGUGGAAGUGGAAGAUGAGACCUCAGAAUCCGAGGCGCACCACAUGUCCGUUGACACUUCGCAUCCAAUUGGAUUUAUACCUCGACACCCUGCUCCGCCCAAAUACUUGAAAGUGCGAGCCCAUCACAAAAAGGAUAAGACGUUCAACCGCGUGUUUCUGGCCCAGGAACUGGAGGGCAGCGGCCCAUCGCCCAAACCCGCAGAAAGACGGAUAUCUAUGUCCUCGGUCUUGCCACCGAAUGGCGAUCACACCGGAAAGGCCGUCUGGGCACUCAUGUUUUCUAAAGAUGGUAAAUAUCUCGCGGCCGCUGGCCAGGAUCGGAAAGUCCGAGUAUGGACUGUUAUCGCUACACCGGAGGAGCGCGAGGAUGCCAAUGGGGACGAAGAGGCAACACCUGUAGACGCACAAGAUCAUUCCGGCCUGAAGGCGCCUGUGUUCCAGCCGGAACCCGUUCAGGUGUACGAGGGACACACGGGAAGUAUAUUGGACCUGAGCUGGAGUAAAAACAAUUUCCUUCUCUCCUCGUCGAUGGACAAAACAGUGCGAUUAUGGCAUAUCUCUCGACGGGAAUGUCUUUGCUGUUUCCAGCACAGUGAUUUUGUGACUUCGAUCCAAUUCCACCCGCGUGACGACCGCUUUUUCCUUGCUGGAUCUCUCGACACGAAACUGCGACUCUGGAGUAUCCCAGAUAAGAGCGUGGCUUUUGUGACUGCUGUGCCCGAUAUGAUUACUGCAGUGGCAUUCACUCCAGAUGGCCGAUACUCCAUUGCCGGAUGUUUGAAUGGCAUGCUUAACAUCUAUGACACUGAGGGCCUAAAAGUAUCAGCCCAGAUCCAUGUACGAUCGGCCCGUGGACGCAAUGCCAAGGGCAGUAAAAUCACUGGAAUCGAUACGAUAACGAUUCCCAAUGACGAUUAUAAGGAUGAUACCAAGGGCGAUAUCAAGUUACUGGUUACCAGCAACGACUCCCGCAUCAGAUUGUACAACUUCAAUGAUCGAUCGUUGGAGGCUAAGUUCCGCGGUAACGAGAACACCUGCAGCCAAAUUAGAGCUACAUUCACUAAUGAUGGCAAGUACAUCAUAUGUGGAAGUGAGGAUCGCAGGGCGUACGUGUGGCCAAUUGGGUCUGUGCAACGAGAUUCCGAAAAGCAGGCCGUGGAGGUAUUCGAGACACAGUCUGCCAUGGUAACAGCUGCUAUCAUGGCACCGAUUCAAACGAAACAGGUCCUGGCGCUAUCAGAAGACCCAAUCUACGACAUCUGCAACCCACCCCCGGUAGCCCUAAUGGGUCCGGAGUCAACAGAGCCUUCGAAGAAAACAAACUCAGGCAAAGAAAAUGGAAACUCCCACAAGCGGUCUGCAUCAGCACCUCGCCUAUCCAUCAUCAGCAAAAUGGCCCACGAAUCACCCUCGUACCUCGCCCGAUCCAAGCAUCCAGACGGAGAGAUAAUCGUGAUCGCCGACUACUCCGGCAAGAUCAAAGUCCUCCGACAAGACUGCGCGUAUCACAAACGACGCUUCGAGAACUGGGACGCGAACACCACCAUCUCACGACGGAUCCUAAAACGCUCCAACUCCGCACGCCGCAGCAUCGCCUCCUCAGUCGGAAAGGAAUCCUCCCACAAAACCCCCUCCGAGCGCAUCGUCUCAUGGCGCAACUCCGUCGUCCGCCACGGCCGGUCCAGCACCGAAGGCUCCCGCGCCGGCCUCAGAACCCGCACCCCAUCCCCCCAGCACCGCCCAGCGACUUCCAGACUAGCCUCCUCCAGACCUUCAAGUCUGGGACCGAACGAAUCACUAUCCGUUUUCACUACAUCCCCACCCCCAUCGCCACGCCGACCCCGCCCCGAAAGAAACCGCACAAGCGAAGACGUGACCCGGGCAAACGGAAACAACAACGGCCAUGCAAACGCCUCAACAUCCAAAGCCCAACCCUCCUCCAACAUCGCCUCAUCUGUAGACCUCCUAGCCAGCGGCAAAACACAAGACAACCCGCUCUGGAUACAGGGUGACCGCAGCUACGCGUACUGGAAUAAGAUCACGCACGAUGCGCUGGCCAUGCAGUCCCGGAAAUCGAAUGACUUGCUCAGUCCGGAUAUGAUUCCUUCGCGCGAGCGCAAGAUGAGUACUUCGGCAGGUAGUGCGCUGAGCAGUGACUAUACCUCUUCGACGGGUGAUGCAGAGGAAGAUGUGCUUGAGUGUGAAAAUUGUCGUGCGACGAGUUUCCGCAGUGUUAAGGGGAGGGAUGGGAAGCAGAAGCUUAUUUGUUCGGAGUGUCAUCGGCCUGUUUCUUGA